GCAGAUUGACAAUGAACAGCACCCGCCUGUUCCUGUUCUUUGCAGCCUGGGAAAAACUCCGCGAGGGUGUGGAGGUUUGCUUUUGGUGAUGCAAGCGGGAGAAAGGAACGUGUUUGCAGAUCUUAGUUUAAGGCAGAGAUUUUUACGGAUGGGAAAAUCCUAAUCCAAUGUGUAUCACUAAAACAAAUACUUCUUAAUAUGGAACUUGGAAUUAAAGGCUGCAUUGAUCUCAGAAGGUUCAACUCGCAGAUUAUGUACAGAAUGUGAAGGCUUUUGUUUACCAUGAAGAAAAGUAAAGGUCGGACAUAUCGAAACAGACAAAGAAAACAAUCUAGAAGUUUCUCUUUGUGUUGUGUAAAUCUUAGCCACAAGCAGGAAUAUAUACUACUUAAGAAAUGGCUAAAAGGAAGAGGCUAUGCAGAUAAUAAAUUAAGGCCAGCACAAUGUUCAGAAACAGGAAGAGGACUGAUGACCACAAAAGCUCUUCAGGCAGAAGAGUUGAUUAUUUCACUGCCUGAAAAAUGCUUGCUCACCACUGAUACUGUUCUUGAGAGCUACCUUGGGGAAUAUAUUGUAAAAUGGAGGCCCCCCAUUUCUCCUUUGAUAGCACUGUGUACAUUUUUAAUAGCAGAAAAGUGUGCUCUUGAGAAGUCUCUGUGGAAGCCAUACCUUGAUCUCCUACCUGAAACAUAUACUUGUCCUGUUUGUUUGGAGCAAGAAACGGUGAACCUUUUUCCUGAGCCCUUAAAAAGAAAAGCCCUUGAGCAAAGAAAACUGGUCCAAGAGCUGUUUGCUUCGUCCCAGCAUUUUUUCUUUUCCUUGCAACCUUUGUUUCGCACAGGUGUGGAGUCUGUUUUUAACUAUAGUGCCUUUCAGUGGGCAUGGUGCACAGUUAAUACCAGAACGGUGUAUAUGAAACAUUUGCAGAGGGACUGUUUUUCUAGAGAGCCAGAUACGUAUGCCUUGGCACCAUACCUGGAUCUGCUAAAUCACAAUCCAGCUGUCCAGGUGAAAGCUGCAUUUAAUGAAAAGACAAAGUGUUAUGAAAUAAAAACACUUUCAUGCUGUCAAAAAUACAAAGAAGUAUUUAUUUGUUAUGGCCCUCAUGAUAAUCAGCGUCUGCUUCUAGAAUAUGGUUUUGUUGCCAUCCAUAAUCCACACAGCACUGUACAUGUUGGGACAGAUACCUUGCUUAAAUACCUCCUUGCAGAAGACAAGCAGAAGCAGAUGAAACUUUCUAUUUUAAGAGAACACAAACUUUUAGACAAUCUGACAUUUGGUUGGGAUGGACCAUCUUGGAGGCUUCUUACGGCUCUCAAGCUGCUAUGUCUCGAAACAGACCAAUUUACCUCCUGGAAGAAAGUGCUGCUUGGUGGUGUCAUUUCAGAGAGCAAUGAAAAGAAGAGUUUGGAUCUCGUAGCAAAAAUAUGUGUGUCAUUGAUAGAGGAGACUCGGCAUGCCCUUCAGAAGGUUUCUCUAUUAAAAAGUGAUUAUUUGCAUCUUGCAAGCCAACUAACUUUGGUUGAGGCAUUGCAUACAGAAGAUCUAAAGAUCUUGCAAUUGUCAGCUGAGGUUCUUCAGUGUUUACAUUCCACCACAACUUGAUCUCCUUGGAACAGAAUUACAUCUCUGCCUUUCUUUGCAAAGUGGGCACAGGGAGGCUUCCAAUACCUUGCGUAGAACAGUACAACAGUAAAAUAAUUUAGAAUCAAGUAAGGGUGCCAUAUAAAAUGGUUGAGAUGUGGAAAACACUGUCACAGAUUCUAAGAGUUACCAUUAAAUGGGGAAGAAAAUGCUUGCUGGAACAAGCCAGUUUUAAAAGUGGGCAUUGAGAGAGCCAGUUGCACAUACCUGGGGAGGUCAUUCCAUAGUCUAGGUGCCAUAAUAAAGAAGGUAUAAUAAAGAAGUCUUUAAUCCCCACCUGCCAAAUCUCAUUCAGAAGAAGAUACUCUGAAGAUGAGCAAAGUUCCGUUGUGAUUGUUCAUGCAGAAGAGAGAAUUUCAGUUUUCUGUUAGAACCCCUAUGAACAAGGAUGAAUUAUAAACGUUAAGAAAGCGGCAUCCAUGAGAACGUGGCCAUUUUUAAUUUGGACUGUUUGCUUGUUGAUUGUUAGAGGAAUUUGUCAGAGCUCAUCAGAGCUGUGCUCAGUGUUCACUCUAAAGAAAGUAAUUUUUCUCCAUCUGCUUAUGUGGCUUAACAAAUCCCCCAAUCUUAGUCUUUUUAACAUUUGCCCUUAUGCAUCUGGAAGUGAUCAGACAGCAGCUACCAUAAUGCAAGACUAAAUAUUUUUCUGGGAUUUAGCAUUUGCUGCCAACUGUAUUUUUUUAAAAAAGGACAAAAGGAAUGGUAUGUUGUACAAUGUUAACUUUGAAAUCCUGUACUGAAGUGAAACGUACAGGAGAAACAAUGGAUUUAGAUGUAGUAAAGUUCUACAUUGUUAUGCCAA